GGGAUCGCUGCUGCUUAUACCCGACUGUGUGUAUUAUUUCUGACAUACUGUGAUCAUUUAUAAUCUGUCGGAUCGAGAACUAAGGACACUUGCUGUAUUUCACCCUCUGGGAUCGAAACGGAAGGUGAAAUGUGUAAAAUGCGGCUUAUCCUUCUUGUUUUUCCUCUAAAUGUUUUUGGACCAGUGUGGAGAACAGUCCAGUGAAUCAAGCCUGUCUUUGGAUCUUCACUGUGUGUGUGUGUGUGUGUGUGUGUGUGUGUGUGUGUGUGUGUGUGUGUGUGUGUGUGUGUGUGUGUGUGUGUGUGUGCGUGCGUGCAUGCAUGCAUGCAUGCAUGUGUAUGUUUGUAUGUAUGUGUGUGUGCAUGCAUGAAUGUGUGUGUGCAUGAGUGUGAAUAUGUGUGUGUAACCAGUGCAAAUUUUUCUUGGAGGGGAAUUUUUUCUAAGGAGUAUGUUUUUUGGUGUGUCUUUUGGAUCUAUGGAAUGCAUCUAGUCAGGACUGGACCCUUUGGGGGGGCAACAAUGUGGGUUACUGGAAAUGGGAAACCAACAGGACCCUAAGGCUUGCGAAGACCUCCCUGUGGCACGCUUGGGCCGCUGGCACUAAGAUGUCCCUCAGUAGUGGCACUGCAGGCGGGAAAGGUGUGGACUCGAAUGCGGUGGACACUUACGACAGCGGGGAUGAGUGGGAUAUUGGUGUAGGCAACCUGAUCAUUGACCUUGACGCUGACUUAGAAAAAGACAAGCUUGAGAUGUCUAGCACCAAGGACGGGGACGGAAUGGCUGCUGCUUCUAGUGCCGUAGCGGCAUUGCCGGACAACAUCAAGUUCAUUAACCCAGUGCCUCCACCUCCGAUAAAGGACAGCAAAUCCAAAGCUAAACGUAGCAAAAAUUCCAAGGACAAUAGCAAGUCCUCAACUCCUGAUGGGGCUAAGAAAGACACCCAGAGACGGACCCAAAACGAGGGCUGCGGGCCAACCUCGGGAAUUGCUUCUACAACUUUACCCAGCUCUGGGAAAGGUUCCGAUAAGAGUAAUAAGACUUCCCGUAAUGUUCAGAGUGGAAAAAAGGACAAGGACGGUUCUGGGAAAAGCAAAAAAGAGAAAAACGAAGGGGGACAAACUGGGGCCGUGCCCCUAGAAAAGGACCCAGCAACCCAGGGUUUGCCUUUAGAGCAGGUCCGCAAUACCCCAUUUGAGGGGUCACAAAAUACGGAUGGUGCAGAGCAACUAGGGAAUAUUAUGCUCGAUACUGCUGGAAUAGUCGCACCGUUGACUAUCAAGAGUGAACCAGAGGAAGUGGAAAAUAAUGACUGCAGGACCAUAAAGAAAGUAAAAAGCGAGAAGAUGGAGUCUCCGGUGUCUACGCCGGCACCGCCACCCCUCCACCUACACGCACCUGUCGGCAACAGCGACAUCUCCUCCUCGUGCGAGCAGAUCAUGGUACGCACGCGCUCGGUGGCCGUCAACACCUCUGAUGUGGCUCUUGCCACUGAGCCGGAGUGUCUGGGACCCUGUGAACCCGGAACCAGUGUCAACCUGGAGGGCAUCGUCUGGCAGGAGACGGAGGACGGUAUGCUGGUUGUAAAUGUUACUUGGAGGAACAAAACCUAUGUGGGCACACUGUUAGACUGCACUCGACAUGACUGGGCGCCCCCACGGUUUUGUGAAUCACCCACAAGUGACUUGGAGAUGAGGAACAGUCGUGGGCGGGGUAAGAGAAUGAGGCCCAAUAGCAACACGCCAGUCAAUGAGAACAGCAACUCUUCUGAUAAUAAAGGCAGCAACAACAGCAAGACUCGAGCUGCGUCCAACAGUAAGGGGCGACGGGGUAGUCAGAAUUCCUCUGAACGUCGCACCCCACCAAACAGUAAUACUGAGGAUGUAAAGGCUAGCCCAUCAUCUGCUAACAAACGCAAGAACAAACCUGCCUCAGACAUGGAGCCCAAUUCCAGUUCAGAGGACACAAAGGGUAGCAAACGUAUGCGGACCAGUUUGAUCAGUGGAAUACCUCACCCUAUUCUUCCCCUCUCCAACAUCAAAGCAGACCCCUUUCCCCCUUCUUUGGACCGCAACUGCCCCUCACCAGUGCUCAUUGACUGUCCACAUCCCAACUGCAACAAGAAGUACAAGCACAUCAAUGGCUUGAAGUAUCACCAGGCUCGCGCUCACAAUGAUGAUGACAUUAAGCUAGACAUAGAUGGCGAUAGUGAAUAUGGUGAGGACUCCACUUUGCACCCAGAGCCAGGCAGUUGCAAUGGUGCAUCCAUUUCCCAGAAGGGCUGUGCGUCUCCUGCAAGGUCGAUCACCCCCAAAGGCAGAGGAUUUGAUGCGCAGAGCUCAUCACCCUCAUCAGGCAGGUUCAGCUCUAAGCAGCCUGGCAAGAAGAAACUAGAGGCUGAGCUUGAUUCUGGUGUGCCAAUGGAUGGCUGUGAAGAUGGCCCAUGUCUUACAGAUGAGACGAGCAAUGAUGGCAUUGAUGAUAAAAAAGGCUUGGAUAAAGCCAAGAAGUCUGGCAGUGGUACUAAGGCAGACAAGCUUGCUCAGAAGGGAACUAAGUCAGCAAGGCCCCUUGUACCCUCAUUACCACCACAACAGUCGUAUGGCUUACCAACAGCUGGCUUUCCUGCCCCCAAUUCUGGCUCCUCCUCUAGUAUGGGCUCUGUUGUACAGUCCAUUAGCAAAAGCCCCCAACUAAAAACUAUUCAACCCAAACCAGUAGUAAUCGGAGAUCCUUCAGUGAACCCAGCCUUGAGUGGCUCUAAGGACAAGAAGAAGAAAGAAAAGAAAAAGAAAGAGGGUGGUAAGGAAGGAGACAGUCCAAAAGCCCCUGGAAAAGGAGGGAAACCCGAAGAAGGUAAGAGCCCAUAUUCUGAGAGCUCAGACCAAGGCAUUAAGAGUGAGGGGCUGUUAAAUGGUUCCACAGACCCUCAUCAGAGUCGGCUAGCCAGCAUGAAAGCAGAAGCAGACAAAAUCUACAGCUUUUCGGACAAUUCUCCCAGUCCAUCCAUUGGUGUUGCCAGUCGGAUAGAAAGUGGUGGAAUAGCACAACCUCUCACUCCACUUCAUGUGGUAGCCCAAAAUGGGGCAGACAACUCUUCUGUGAAGACCAACAGCCCAGCAUACUCUGACAUCUCUGAUGCUGGGGAGGAUGGUGAGGGCAAAGUGGAGGGUGUGAAGGUCAAGUCUGAGGAUCAGGCUGUUCGUGAAAGUGCCAAGAAAUCCCUGUUCCCACCCCAACCACCAAAUAAAGACUCCUCUUAUUUCCCAGGUUAUGAAGCCUACUACUCGCCCAAUUAUGGCAACCCAAACCCCAGUCCAGGAGUCUCAAACCCUGCCACAUCGUUGCAAGAUGGUGCAGUAAAAGUGAAGAAAGAGGAAGAACCAGGGAUCGACAAGAGCAAAUUGGAACAACAUGAAGAUCGAAAGCCAGACAUAGGUUCAUCCUCUCAGCAGCAACAGCAGCCUUCAGUCAUUCAGCAGCGUUCUAGCAUGUUCAUGCAGCCCCUUUAUUACAAUCAGUAUGCCUAUGUAUCUCCCUAUGGCUAUUCCCCAGAUCAGGCCUACCAUAACCACCUGAUGAGCACAAACCCUGCUUACAGGCAACAGUGUGAGGACCGGCAGCGACAAGCAGCUGAACAGCAUCGCGUCGCUGAGAAGAAGUCAGAGGCUGCUCAGAAGGACAGGGAAGCCGCUAUGAAGUCUGAAGAAUGGAAGCAGAAAGCUUCAGUUCCCCCUACCUUAUCUAAGGCUCCAAGCAUCUCAGACUUAGGCAAGCCCUCCCCACAAGGCAAGCCCAAAGAUCCUACAGAUCCAGGCAAGUCUGUCAUUAUCCCUAAAGGAGAAGAUGGCAAGGGGCAGACCCAGCAGGUUGAGGGUUUAAAAAUGAAGCUAAGUGAAGCGGGACAUCAUGGAAAGGAUGAGCAGAAACUAAGCCUAGAGUCUGGAAGGUCGGCUAUGGAGCAGGCCAUGUACAUGUAUAGACAGGAGCCAGACUCUCGACUGUGGCCCUAUGUUUACCCCAGCAAGUACCCCGAUGCUCAGAAACAGAUAGAGGAUGAGAGGUGGAAGGAGGAGAGAGAACGUGAUCGUGAGCGAGAACGGGACAGAGAUCGGGACAGAGACCGCGAAAGAGACCGGAAGAGCAAAGAUGAAAGGUCACGUCCUCCUAGAGACACUCCCUCUAAAGAGGAAAGCAGGGAAGGGGCAGAGCCACGAACCUCAUCGGCCUCAGAGGAGCAUAGAGUCAGCAAAGACCCACGAGCACAUAUGCAGUUUUCCUCACCUCUGCCGCAGCACCAGUCAUAUAUGUCCUACAUGCAUGGAUACCCCUAUAGCCAGGGCUAUGACCCCAGCCAUCCGGGAUACAGGGUGAUGAUGCAGAAUUACCCUCCGUCGUACCUGUCACCGGGAUACUCUUUUUCCCCGUAUGGCGGUAAGAUGCCCCCUGGUGAGGAGGGCGAGAAAGCUCGUGCCAGUCCUACAGUGAGCGGCAAGUCUGCAUCUGAGUCCAAAGCCUUGGACAUCCUGCAUCAGCAUGCUAGCCAGUACAAGAGCAAAUCGCCCACGGUGGGUGAAAGGACACCCCAUGAAAGAGAUCGAAGCGGGAGUGAGAGGGAGAGAGAUAACGAACGUCCUAGAUCUUCGCCCUCUCACCGAAUCAUGCCCUCUCACCAUCACCUGGGCUACCAACUACUCCCAGGACAGUAUGACUUGUCCUAUGCUACAGGUAUCUCCUCUUCAGCCAUUGUUGCCAGUCAACAAGCCUCUGCCCCCUCACUGUACCCCCCAGCACGGAGGUGAGAAUGAGAGAAGUGACUGGCCGUUUUUCUGCAGACAUGUGACUGGUUCACAUGAGGACAUGGUGUGGAGCUUGUUACGACAUCAGUUCAAUGAUGUUCCCGAUUUAUUUUUGGUUUCCCGGAUUUCCCGGCAUCUUUGACCACCAUCGUCGGAGAAGGAAAGUGGAUGCCCAGCCUCGUAAUCGUCCAACUCCACCCCACCUCCGCCAGCCUCUGGAAGCGCACGUCCAGGUGCCCACCUCUCUGUGCUGCUGACUACAUACUCAGGAGAGAGGAGACAUGGCCUGUCUGCAGCGAACCUCAUGAUUUGCAAGCUCUCUGAAACAAGCUCUCUGAAAAAUCUUGAAUGAACCCGGAAACAAAGACAUUCUGGAAGUCACUACAUUGUUGUGCUAAAGCAUGGGCCUUUAUGGAAAGCAUGAAGUGCUACUGUUCUGGACUGCUGCUCUAGAGCCCUGAGGAUUACAAUGGUGUUUGUUUGUUUGUUUGUUUUAUUGAGAGAAGGAUGCCAGCAUAUUAGCUGUCGCUUUUCAGCUUUCUACAUAUACAUAAUCCCUCGCUCUGUCUGUGGACUAUGCAAGUGGAUAAGGCUUGAUUUCUUCACUCCGAUCAUUCAGGGCAGUAAACUCGGUUAGGUUUACCAUUGUGAUGCCAUUCUUGAUCUCUGGUAGUCUGAAUCAUCUGGUUUUUUUUGUUUUUUUAAAGGCAUUUGUUUUAAAAACGCACUUCCGCUGUCUUCAAUGUUAAUGUUUCUUAUGUUAUGUCCUUUUGUUGCUUUUAAUAUUCAGCUGUGGAUAAUGAACAAGUCGCCUAGAGUCAUUGGACAUUUUGCUGUGCGAGUCAAAAGCAGCAGAUUUCCCUUUUCUCUCCAGGACAAGGAAAUGGUUUGUUAUUGGUUGGUUCUGCAAUGGCGUGCAUUUCAGUUCCGUUCGGACUUCUCUGACCGUUGGAUUGUCCGGGCUGUGGAGGGAAGAGGAGACAUCGGCCGCUCUCGUUGAUGAAGUGUUCCCAUUGGCGACAACUUUGAAUGCCAAACUGGACUCAAAGAAUUGGAGGUGUUUCCGGCUAGUAUUGCAGCAUUAACGUUGUUAUCAGUGGCGUACAUGUGUGGAGACAGGGCUAGCUGCUCUUCCCAAGCCCAGACAGUCGAUUGGGGCUAAUAUGUGUGUUUGCCAAUGGAGUUACCAGACUGUACUGAACUGUGUUUGUCUGGUCACAAACUGAACUCUUCGCUCACGGAUACAUUGAUAUGCUGCUUGCUAAUCUCAUGCUAGACUGCAUGAGUGAAGUCCGAUGGCAGAGCUUCAAUGCUUGGUGAUCUGAUAACCCCAAGAGAGGCGUAGAGCCAGCAUCCACUGUCUGGACUUCAAACUUGGGUCGGUCCGAACUGAUCCACGGACUCGCCAGACAAGGAAGACUGUGGCUGGAAAUGUACGCUCUGCCUGCUGCUGUUGGAAAUCCAGGAUUUAAGAGGCUUUCGAAUGUUCCCUCACUUUCUUCAGUUGGUCUGCAUGGUGUAAUUCAGCACUUGGUAAAAGCAUUAACCCAAACAGAGAGCAAAGCGACAUGUGCAGGCGUCCUUCCUCUUCUCCCUCACUAUGUGCUUUUUGUAUAUAUUGUACAAAAGGAAUAUUUUAAAAAAGGUUGUUGGAUGCUAUCUGAUUUUCUUACUAUCUCUUUCUUUUGGUCUUUAAGCCUUUUUUUUUUCUACCAUUGUUGACAUAUUUUCAACAUGUAGCUGGUAUAACAGCUUUAUAUUAGAAGUGUUUUUUUCUACUUUUUCUACCCCUCCUCUUCAACAGCAAGUCAGUCCCACACCGCUCGAAACUUUUUAGAAGCACAUCUUACUGCAGUUUACUUCUGUUUCUGUUUGUAAUGCAGUCAAGGGAUUUGUAGUCUGAUUUCCGAAUAUAAAGACAAAAUUGGGGAGGAAUUUACAAUGAGAGUCCGGUGCUAUCUGGUGCUGGUUUUUCCAGUUCAUCAUCUCGCAGUUAUUGUCUGAAUAUGAAACUCUCAGGAGAGCAUAUUUGAUAUCUGAGCCUUUGAAAUCAUUUUGGCAUGUUCAUCGUUCUCGGCUCUAUUCAGGAAAACUUGAUUAUGGAAACCCACAGGGAAGAAUGCAUUUUCCAAAAUGCUAAAUAAUUUAUAGUGAGGAGGCAGCUUUUCCUCCCAUGUUAAACAACCAUUUGUUUUCCGCCUUUUUGUGCGAUGACUAAGUGUAGUCUGUAGUGAACAGUACCAAUUCAUUGCCCUUAUUUAACCUACCAAUCGGCAAAGGAACACAGGAAAUCGGCAAGUAUUUAAUAUCUGUCGGGUGUGUUCUUUUCUCCUUUAAGAAUGCUAAUUUCAAGCCUCCCUUUGUGUGUUUUGAGCUAAAACUCAUGUAAAUGAGGCCUCAUGCAUACAAAACUCUAGUUUUAUUUUGUUGCAGAAGAGGCCCAGGCCAGAACCAUUUAAGGUUUGGUUUUUUUUUUGCAUCCUUUUAAAGUGGCGAUGGAAAACGUAACAUGUUAUAUGCUUAUUUAGGACCUGCUUUCGCUACCUAAACUCAAAAUGCAAACAAUAACGAUUCUAACAGAUUGUACUGCAGCACUGGUCUCGGCGACAAAAGGCAACCUCUCGCCACGCAGUACACGCUAAUAAGAGUGUCUACGUUUUUAUAUAUAUAUAUAUAGUAAUAACCUCACUUUUAAUUGUUCUGUCUUUGCUUGUUUAGCCAGUAAACCUGUGCUGUCUGGUGACUUGAUUCAUAAUUGUUGAGGGAAAAAAGCGCUUGAUUGUUUUAAUUUAUUUUUUGAGGGUUAUUUUUUUGUUGUUGUUUUUUAGUACGUUUUCACCUCGUAGAAAGAUGAAGCAACCGGUUUUGUUUUAACCGUUCACACCUUUGUUCAUAUUUGUCUCAGACGGUGUUAAUAUAGCCUGCCCUGGGCGAUCCUCAUGGGAAGAGAUGAGGGAUUUUGCUUUUUAUUUUCUGUUUUCCAAUCUAAUUAGGCCCCUCCCUUAAUCAGUCCCACUACUCAUGCCCCGCCCACCCCAUAUCAGCAGAGUGCAGCGGCUCGGUGUCUGUCAUCGGUACGUGAAAGAAUGAUGUUUACACCAGUUAAUUUCUGUUUGGAUGCAUUUUCUGUAAACCAUCUCUCGCUCUUUCCUUACCCACUUCACUGUCUCGCUGCCUCUGUCCCGCUCUCUCUUCCUAGGGAUCUCUUAUGUAAAGUGUAAAUUGCUACAUUUUUUUAUACAAUACUGUAACUUGCCUUUGUACAUUUAGGCAGAAAAUAAAUCUUUUUAUGAG